AUGGCCUACCAUCUUUAUGUGUUUGGCAGCAACGGCGAGGGCCAACUUGGCAUUCCUCCUCAGGACAUUGUUAGGUCACCUACACGAACCAGUAAUCCUCCUCCAAUAGAGGUCCUAAAAUCUAUUCAUGGUGGUGACAACCACACCCUCCUGUUGACCAAAGAUGGCUUUAUGUACGGAGUGGGGGACAAUCGAAAACAGCAGCUCGAUCCCGAUUCAGAGAAAGAUCACCUUGAGCACUUCGUAAAUCUAACACCUACUGCCAUCUCUCUUGGCGCCGCAACCUGCGAAUCGACAGCCUAUAUCUCCAACAGCAACUCGUCACCUACAAGCGAGCUCCAUACUUAUGGAUCAGGACAAUGGGGAGAACUAGGAUGCGGAGAUGACGUUGUAAAUCUAUCGAUCAACCAUCAACCCCGAUCACGAUGCGUCGCCACACUGCCAGAUUGGACAAUAAACUUCGCAGCUGGCGUAUGGCACUAUGUUGCUGUUCUUUCAGAUGGAUCAGUUUACGGCUGGGGAAAAGCACGCCUAGGCCAACUAGGCGACAGACUCUCCAGCAAAGUCACGGUACCGACUAAGAUUGAGGGUAUUCCCUUUCGACCCGCGAAGGUCGUCUGCGGGAAAGACUUUACCUACUUUGCCAGCGACCCGGUCUCAGGCAAACAUAUUAUCCUUGGAAGAGAUAAGUUCAGCCUCAUUUCUUCCAUGCCUGAGCAUAUCAAGUGCUGGAAAGAUAUUGGCGCAACCUGGCACGCGGUGUUCGUCCUCUUCGAUGACGGACGACUCACUGCAUGGGGUAAGGAGAACAUGUGGAAACUCAUCCCCCCGAAUUUACCUCCUAUUCAAAAGAUCACAGUAGGUUCCGAUCACGUUCUAGCGGUGACGACAAACGGCAAACUAAUUUCAUGGGGCUGGGGUAAACAUGGAAAUUGCGGUGACUUGAGGGGUAUGCAAGAGAAAAUGAAAAACGACAUGGUGAGCGGUUUUUGGAACGAGAUCAGCCUUCCGGGAGAAGUAUGUACGAUUGGAGCUGGGUAUUGUACGAGCUUCGUCGUCACGAAAGUCGAUGAAGAGGACUCUGGAACGCAUGAGUAAAUCUUGGGAAAGGAAGGUACUCAAAUUUCUCAAUCACCA